GGAAAGCCGGGUUCUACGGGCUCGACAUGUAUAGUAUGGGCACAUCCAUUCAGGCAGUCAUUGAUUACCUUGAUCAUGUUGACCCGGCCGCUGGUAAAGUCGCCCGCCAGCGAUAUGGCUGCUUGCAGCCGUGGGUAGAUGACCCUGCGACCUAUGGGCUCGCGACGUUGCGCGGUAUGGAGGACUGUGAGAAGGGGGUUGUACAGAUGCUCCGUGAGUUGCUCGAACGUCGGAUAGAAUACUCGGAAGACCUUCAUGAUGGCGAGGAGUACCACAGCGGCGAGCAGAAUGCGUAUCUGGUGCGUGACGCCGAGCGGUACUAUAAAGCUAUGUACUAUAGUUCGGCGUCAUCGUGGACGCUGCGCGAUACGCACAUGGUAGACACGCUCAGUCGGACCCUGCGCCACAGGCCUCCGGGCACGAAGGCUGUAGUAUGGGCGCAUAACUCGCACUGUGGAGAUGCGCGAUAUACUAGUAUGGGGACCAGACGUAGGGAAGUGAACAUUGGUCAGCUGUGCCGGGAGCAGUUCGGCCGUGAGAAUGUGGCUCUGAUAGGCUGUGGCACGCACACUGGCACGGUGGCUGCAGCGCACGAGUGGGAUGAAGAUAUGGAGGUCAUGAAAGUUCUUCCCUCGCGGAAGGAUAGCUGGGAGCGCGUGGCUCAUGACACAGGAAUACCGAGUUUCUUGAUUGAUCUGCGGCGGGACCACAUCGAUCCGAACCUCGUCGCUGCCUUUGAAGCUGAGCCUCUCCGGCUGGAACGAUUCAUAGGUGUGAUUUACCGGCCAGAUACGGAGAAGAUAUCGCACUAUUCAGCGGCGGACCUGCUGAAUCAGUUUGAUGGGUACGUAUGGUUUGAUAAAACGCAGGCUCUGAAACCACUGGAGAAGCAUGAGCCCGUGACGGAUUUAGGAAAGGAGGAGACUUAUCCAUUCGGAUUAUAGCCAAAGUAAGAACGCAAGAGAAAGUAGAUCGUGUGAUAUUAUACUCUCUAUGUACUGUAUGGUCGAACGUCCAUGUACAAAAAGUCAGUAGCUGUAAAAUGGACAUCAAACGAUAUAUUAUGAGAACUAUUUCAUGACAUAAUUUUAUACAGGAUAUCCACUUCCACGAGAUCCAAGGGAAUGCAAAGCAUCCUGUUGGGUUGCCG